GGACACAAUGGAACGCUCGGGAGACUGCAAGCCCCAGGAUGCUGCGCGGCCACCUGCACCUGCCGCCACUAGCACCAGAGGGAUGCGCAAAGCAGGCAGGGCGUUGGAGUUCAGAUGUGCGCUCCCGGGAUAGGCUGCCCCGGAGAGGGAGAGGCGGGGUCGGGUGUGUCACGUGGACCUGCUCCCGCCGCCGCUGCCGCCGCCGCCGUCGUCUUUCUCUGUCUCGGCUGAGGCAGCCAUCUUGCUGUUGCCGCGUGCUGGUGUUGGAGGACCCUCCCUGCUUCAGAUUUACCAACAGCAUGAAUCAAGAAAAGUUAGCCAAACUUCAGGCUCAGGUCCGGAUAGGGGGAAAGGGUACAGCUCGCAGAAAGAAGAAGGUGGUACACAGAACAGCUACAGCUGAUGACAAAAAGCUUCAGAGUUCUCUAAAAAAACUGGCUGUGAAUAAUAUAGCUGGUAUUGAAGAGUCUUGGACAGUAAAGCACCAAAACCAGAAGACAUUGAUGAGGAGGAUGAUGAUGUUCCAGAUCUUGUAGAAAAUUUUGAUGAGGCAUCAAAGAAUGAAGCUAACUAAAAGUUUGGUUUUUGGAAGCUGGCAUGGACUAGAUUUAACAAAUCAGCUAUGUGGUUCCAAAGUUUUACAGACACAGAGAACAUCACCUGUUACUAGUUCAGUAAUAUAAAUAUUUUGUAUAUUAAUAAUGCUGUUUGUUCAGCAUUUUUCGGUCAUUUGAUUUUGCAUUUUGCACUUCCUCCCAGGAUAUUUUUUUGGUCAAAAUAUGAAGUAUUGGUGCAGUUUGAGGGUGUUUUGUUUUUUUGAUUCCUGGUUUUUUUGUUUUUUGUUUGGGGUAUUUUUGGUGUAUGUAUGUUUAUGUAUGUGUGUGGGUAUGUGUGUAUACAGUGGAGAGCAAAUUGGAAAACAGUUCUAUUUAUCCUCCUCCCUCCCCAGUAGAAAUAAAAAAAAAAAAUCUUUACAUUUGUUACUUUUCUUUUCCCCCAUAAGGCACAGAAUUAAUGGAAAGUGAGUGUCUUGGAUUUCAGAUCUGAAGAGAUUUUUACCAUUAGUGGUUUGAUUUUAAUUUGCUUGGUUAACUAUCAUAUUUUUCAUAUACUUCUCUGGGUUUAAAAUGUCUUGGAGGUAUUUUGCCACUGGCUUCAUGCUGGAGUAAUGGGUAACAUAUCUUUGGUAUGGUUACCUUAGAUUCACUUACCUAGUCAGACCCAGAAGAACUUCUUUUACUAGCUUGCUUCCUAAAUGCCUUUUUCCCUCUCCUUUUGGUCUCCAAAUGGCCUGGUCAGCUUUUGGUAAUAUUCUUCCUCAUCUUCCACCUAGCUUGAGAAGGAUGUUCUCCAUAUAGAGUUAAGCGAGUGCCUAAUCCCUCCUUUUGUAAGAUUUUGUUCCCUCAUCUUGAGGAACAACAACUUCAUCUUCAACUUUUUAUUUCCCCCCAAUUUUACAGUAGAUUUCAAACUGGAAUAGCUAGCAUGUGCUUGCUAAAUAAUUUUAUGCCAGCCUUAUCCUGUAUCCUAGCUGUUCUUAAUAGCAGGUACAAAAAUGCCUCUUUUUCAGCAAGGUUGAAAUUGGGAAUGUCCUUUUGAAUCAGAAGAAAAUAGGCCAUAGACUCAUCCCCCAGCACAAAUGGGCAUUCUAUGAAAUGGUACUGGCCCUAGGAGGAUUUCCUCAACCACUCUCCUACUCUUGGCCUUGAACCUACCUCUGGGUUGGAUCUUACUAUUGUAGCUGCUCACUGUACCCUCCUGCAUGCUUAGAAUAAUGCUUUGGGGGGAGCACUGGUAAAACACAGUAUUUAUUUUUUUUACCUCCUUUAAGAGGACUUGGAGGUAA